UGAAAAAUAAUAAAUGAAUCCCAAUGUUUUAGAUCUCUUUGCUUAAAUCAAAGCAUUUUAUCCCUGUAAAUUAUUUAAUCUAUUGUAGAGUAAAAUUUAGAAGAAUUUCAUUAAAGAUUCAAAGGAGAUGAUGAAUUCAAAAAAAUUGCUAGAUAAAUUAAACUUUAAAAGAGUCAAUUAGAUGGUUUAGAUAAAGCUGCUUUGACCACUAAAUUAAAAAAAAUAAUUAAUGAGACUAAAACAGCACAUAAAGAUGCAUUACUUUCUACUAAAAAAUUUUAGAUAGCUUCUUAAGAAAAAGAAAAAGGUAAUUGUAUAAAUUUAAUCAAAGUUUAUAAUGAAAAUUCAAAAUUGAAAAAUCAAAUAAAAACAUUAGAUAAUUUUAGAAAUACUUAAACUAAUCAAUUAAAUGAAUAUCAAGAAAAAUAUAGUAGUGUAGUUGAGGAAGAAAAAUAAAAGAAAACAGAAUUAGUAGAAGGAUUUCAAUAAGAAAUAAAAGAUAUUUAAACUAAAAUGGAAGAAGUUUCUAAUGCUAAACAUAAAAGUUAGGCUGAGAAUGAAGCAUUAAAAGAAAAAAUGAAAGAAAUUUAAGAGCAUGUUGAGAAAAGAGAUAAAAUAUUUGAUGAAGAAUUAAAAAAACUAGGUAAAUUUAAAAUAUUAUUUAUUAAUAGAAUCAUAAAGAAAAGAAAGAGAAACAAAAAUAUUUGAAUAAAUUACAAACAUCAGUUAAUCUUUAGGCACAAGUGAAAAUGCAGAAGAUCAAUUAUAAAAAAUUAAAGAAGAAGAAGCAUUAGUAGAUGCCCAUUUGAAUCCACAUCUAUAAAAAGCAGAUGAAUUCUAAUAAAUUAUUGAAAAAACAAAUUCACAAUUUAAUUUAUACAAAAAUGAAACAGAAAAAGUAUUUUACAAUCUUAUUUGUAGCUUGCACAAUAAUGUAGAACAUUCGAAUAGAAAUCCCAAGCUUGUUAAAGAAAAUGUGAAAAGUCUGAUAUCUAUAUAGUUGAAUAAGCGAAAGAAGUAAUCAAUUAAUAUAUUUUAUUAGCAUCAAACACUUUAAGCUUAAUAUAAACAAAAAUAAGAGUAAGUAAAUUCAUUAUUAACACUAAAGUAAACAUUAUAAAAUGGUUUAUUAUGAGUUAUAUUUAAUGGAAAGUUUAUUAUAAAUAUUAUUAUUAAU